AUCAUGCUGGGCAGUAAAGUAGCCUAUAUAGUAGCUCGUACAGCACAUUCCGCUGCUUAAAUCCGGCCUAAGAUGACCUACAGCCCACUAGUGACGCCACCACAGACAUCCGCUACGUCUCGGCUCGGUCUUCUAUCGCUCCCUAGAUGUCCGAAAAAUCACGCCCCAGCAUUCAACCAGCAAAGCUAGACAAUUCAGAUACGAUGGGCGGCGGCGGGCGAGAAGGCGAAGCUACGGAAAAUAAAGAAGCCCUUUCGUCUAAUGUAACUUGGACUCCAGAACAUAAUGCGUACACGCUUUGGGAAUCAGCAAUCAAGAACGACUCUAUCUCCGACCUCAAAGAAUCCCUAACUCUCGCACGUACCUUUCUCCUCCAAUUCGACACCGAGUACAUUCCAUUUCGCGACGAAGUAUUUCAAGAUGUUCUCAGCCAUGGCUCAAUAAAAUUAAUUACAUAUAUGCUGGACCAUGAAGGAGUUCUUAUCACCACGGUGAGCCCCGUGUCAAUUUUUCAAUUGGCAACGAAGCCCCUCAUCGAGGCGCUUGUCACCCGCGGAUGGGACAUCAACACACAGAAUGGCCCGGCCUUCAAUGGAACGCGUUUGAUUGACUAUUUCAUACGGGCGAGAUACGAUAAGGAAGAUCUAGCGCGUUGGAUAGUUGAGGAGAAGGGCGCGAGAGUCGACCAUGAUCGAUCCCAUCCUAGCGACAUUCUAGGGACGGACCCCCCUCCGAUAUUGGAGGCUUGUGCGGCGUAUGGCACGGUUCAUGUGUUCAAAUUUCUUGAAGAGCACGGUGCGAAGCCCAGUCGACGAAUGCUACAUGUCGCCGUUGAAACGGCUGCUAGUCGAGGCGCUGAUCCCGAGAGAGAUGACCCCGCAGAUGAUGCCGGAGCAAAAUGGAGGAACAUAAGCGCCGAGAUGUUACGUUUCUUAGUCGAUGAGCGCGGGCUAGAUGUCAAUGCCAUGGAUACCGAUAUUCCUCAUCGCAACCCGACAAAUACAUACUGGGGUACCCCACUAUGUUACGCGGCGCGUUAUCAAGAAGGGGCUAUUGUUGUCAAAUGGCUGAUUAAGAAGGGUGCGGACCCUGCUAUCAAAGAUCCCAACUCUGGCAUGGAUGCUUUAGCAUGUGCUAGACAAGCUAAAUGCGACGAAGUUGUCGCUUUACUCAAAGACUUAUAACGAACAGAGAGGCUGCGUAUAUCUCAGGAUAAUCCAAGACCCACUGCGAUAUACAGAAACCCCCUUUUCGUACUGAGCACCCUUCUGCAGCAGCCGUUACAAGUACAAUAUCGUUCCGUCACGCAUUUUUGGAAGGGAAAGAGUUGCCUCUUCGUCUGUUAGGCAUGUACCAAGGCUAGCUCGGAAUAUGUUCUCGUUGGGGAUUCAUAUCUU